AGGGUUCAGCUCAACUCGCACCAAGUCGAGGAGGCGAUAAGGUUCAGCUGUGGAGAAGGUUAUGAACAUGAUACCAAGGCGUGUCAUCACCUGUCGGUACAGAACAAAACAUCAAUGUGGGCAGGAAAUGAUGAGAGAAAAAAAGAUUUCUUGAUUAUUGGAAAUGCUGCUGGAAAGAUAGCAACACCAAUGGCAAUUUAUCGAUACUCUUGCAUACCAGUUGGAAUAGCCAGUGGCAUUCCUAACGAUUAGGCUAUUGGGUGUUCUGAAACCAGAUGGAUGAAUCAUGAAUUAUUUUAAAUGGAAUAUUCAGCAAAUA